AUGUCCUUUCUCGGCGGCGCAGAGUGCUCGACGGGCGCCAACCCGCUCAGCCAGUUCACCAAGCACGUCCAGGAUGACAAGUCUCUGCAGCGAGACCGCCUGGUCGGGCGCGGGCCGGGCGGCAUGCAGGAGGGCAUGCGCAGCCAGCAGAUGGGUGGGCCGCAAGACGGCAUGAUGAACGAGUUUAUGCAGCAGAACGCACAGCUGCCCCAAGGCCCGGGCCCCGCGUCUCCGUUCGCCAUGGAGCAGAUGCGGCGAGAGCUGGAGCGCACGCAGCACAGCGGGUCGCCUGCGUGGGCAGCCGAGUUCGACCCAGGCAUGCAGGCGCCACAGAUGGGGCCCUCCAUGCCAGAGCAGCGACCGGCAGGCUUCAACCCCGCCGAGUUUGCCAAGUUCCAGCAGAUGAACGCGAGCGAGCGGACGGCGAGCCCCUCUGCCGCCGCCCAGCCCUCGAUGAUGGGCUACCAGCGACCGAUGCAGAACACGGGCAUGGGCAUGGGCAUGGGCAUGGGUAUGGGUAUGGGCAUGGGUAUGGGCGGAAUGGGCAUGAUGCAGCAGCCGUACGCGCCGCAGAACUUCCAGCAGCCGAUGCAGGCCUCGGCCAAGGGCAAGGAGCGCAUGGUGGAGCUCGACGACCAGGACUGGGAGGCCCACUUUGCACAGCUCGAGCAGACCGACCGGCAGGACCUCGACGCGCUGGACGCAGAGGCCAACAAGAACAUCGAGACGGAGCUGAACGAAAUGGACAGGUCAGUAGAAGAGGUCGACUUUGGCGACUUUGAGUCCGUCUGGAAGGGAAUCCAAGCUGAGACUUCACGCGCUAGACACCUUGCCGACGAGUCCAACUUCGCCGACGGCAUGCACAUGGGCGACCUGGACCAGUGGGAAGGGUUCGACGGCCUCAACACACACUCCGUCCGCGAUCCGUCCAUGGGCGACUACCUCUUCGAGCAGGAGAACCUGUUCAAGAACGUCACAAACCCCUUCGAGGAAGGCGUCAAGAUCAUGGAAGACGGCGGCAACCUCUCCCUCGCAGCGCUUGCUUUCGAGGCCGCCGUCCAAAAAGAUCCCAACCACAUCGCUGCCUGGGUCAAGCUGGGCGAAUCGCAAGCCCAGAACGAAAAGGAAACGCCCGCCAUUCGCGCCCUCGAACACGCCCUCAAACAGGAUCCGUCCAACCUCGAAGCCUUGAUGGGUCUGGCGGUGUCCUACACAAACGAAGGCUACGAGAGCACUGCCUACCGCACCCUCGAGCGCUGGCUUGCAACAAAGUACCCUUCGCUUAUCAAAGAACCACUAAGUUCAGACACGGACAUGGGAUUCACAGACCGCCACCUGCUCCACGAGAAAGUCACAAACCUGUACAUUGAAGCCGCCCAGCUCUCACCCAGCGGCGAGCAAAUGGACCCAGACGUCCAGGUUGGGCUCGGCGUGCUCUUCUACGGCGUGGAGGAGUACGACAAGGCAGUGGAUUGCUUCGGCGCCGCCCUCGCAUCCACAGAGUCAGGCGUCUCCAACUCGAGCGGACAGGUGCACCUGCUCUGGAACCGGCUCGGAGCAACACUGGCCAACUCAGGACGCUCGGAGGAGGCCAUCGACGCGUACUCGCGCGCGCUCGCCCUGCGGCCCAACUUUGUGCGCGCCCGCUACAACCUCGGCGUGAGUUGCAUCAACAUUGGCUGCUUCACCGAAGCCGCGCAGCACCUGCUCGGCGCCCUGGCCAUGCACAAGGUCGUCGAAGCCGAGGGCAAGGAGAAGGCGCGCGAGGUCGUCGGCGACGGCGUCUCCGAGUCGCAACUCGACAACAUGAUCCACCAGAACCAGAGCACGAACUUGUACGACACGCUGCGCCGCGUGUUUGGCCAGAUGGGCCGCCGCGACCUCAGCGACAUCGUCGGCCCGGGCAUGGACGUCGAGCGGUUUCGCGGCGAGUUUGAGUUUUGA